AUGCCGCUUAUGACAGUCAACCUAUCCGCCAUCUGCCUCAUCCUUCUGUUCGCCUUCCUCGCCAGACGAAUCUACCUCUGGCAGCGCCUGCGCCACAUCCCCGGCCCGCCCAGCGCAGCAUGGACAAUCUGGUGGCAGCUCUCCGGCGCCAUGUCCGGGAGGUAUCAUGAGCGGUUAAAGGAAGCUGCCGAUACCUAUGGCCCUCUGGUCCGCAUCGGCCCCAACCACCUCCUCUCCGUCGACCCCGACGUCCUCCGCCACAUGUCCGCCGUCCGCAGCGGCUACACCAAGGGCAAGUUCUACGCCAGCGGCAAAAUCGUCCCCGGCGUGGACAACGUCGUGUCCCUGCGAGAUCCGGCCAAGCACAAGGAAAUGCGUGCCCUAAUGACUCCCGGUUUCUCCGGCAAGGCCAACGAAGGCUUCAGCUUCGAAGCCGCCCUAGAUCGCCAACUGCUCAGCUUCAUCAACCUCCUCGAGCGCAAGUACGUCUCCUCAGGCCCGGACGUGCGCCCCUUUGACAUGGCCGAGAAGACGCAAUUCUUCGCCCUCGACGCCAUCGGCGACAUCUCCCUCGGCCAGCCCUUUGGCUACCUCGACAAGGACCAGGACUUGUACCAGUACAACAAGAUCAACGCGACGUCGUUGCCCGUCAUGAAUGUCGUCUCCGUGAUGCCGGCGCUGGCGAGUCUGGUUCAUACGUGGCCUCUGAGGCUGAUGCUGCCCAAGGAAGGGGAUCAGGUUGGCUUUGGCCGACUGAUGCACUUCGCACGAAGUUACGUAGAGAGACGGCUCGACCCCAAGACUCCGCGCGCUCACGACAUGAUGCAAGCGCACAUUGACAAUGGCAUGACCAAGAACGAUCUCAUCCAGCAAGUCCUUCUCUCCAUCAUCGCCGGCUCCAACUCCUCCGCCCACGCCCUCCGCAUGACCCUCCUCUCCCUCAUCACCAACCCCCCAGCUUACACCGCCCUCCUCACCGAAAUCCGCUCCCACACCGCCACCACCACGUCCCCCCUAAUCUCCUGGUCUCAAACCCAAACCCUGCCCUACCUCCGAGCCGUCGUCAGCGAAGGCCUCCGCAUGUGGCCCCCCGUCGCCGGCCUCGGCUUCAAAACCGUUCCCCCCGAGGGCGACCUCAUCAACGGCUACUUCGUCCCCGGCGGCACCGAGAUCGGGCAGGGCUUCCACGGCGUCGGCCGGGCCAAGGCCGUCUGGGGCGCGGACGCCGACGUCUUUCGCCCCGAGAGGUGGCUCCGCGCUGAGGGAGUGGGAUUGAGGAAGAUGACGAAUGCGGUGGAUACGCAUUUCGGACAUGGCAAGUAUUCGUGUCUGGGGAAGCAGAUUGCUUUGAUGGAGUUGCACAAGGCUGUGUUUGAGCUUGUACGACGCUUUGACUUUUGCAUCGUCAACCCUGAAGCCCCGAUCAAGACGACCGCCUCCAUCUUUCUCUUUGCGUCCGACUUUUGGGUGACGAUUACCAAGCGCGAGCUUUGA